GCCAUUUCCCCCCCAAGAAACAUCCAAACAAGGCUUCUCCUCCUCUCCUAAAGGAAAGCAAAAGUACUGAUAAGAGAGAAACACAGCAGAGCCUAGCAGCAGCACCAUCAAACUUCAAGUCCCAACAAUGGCGGACUUCCCCAUCUCUCCAGUAGCCCAAUCAUCACAAUCCAUCACUUCACCAUACAAAUUCGUUUCCAGCUUCACAAAUUUCCAACUUCACUCUAUAGCCCCCACAAGAUCCAAGCUUUUCUUGGCCGGAACCACGAUUCCACGCUCCAGAAGAGCAAAGAAAUAUUUAUCUGUCAAAAACGUCGCCAGUGAUCAAAGCCAUGAGCUCAAAGACGCCAUCUCCCAUCAAGAAGCCAAUGCUCUGGAAGAUUUUGUUCCGGAUUCAUCCUCAAUUGCACUAAGCAUCAAGUACCAUGCCGAAUUCACGCCGUCAUUCUCCCCUGAAAAGUUCAAGCUUCCAAAGGCUUACGUGGCGACGGCGGAGAGCAUUCGUGAUUCGCUCAUCAUAAACUGGAAUGCAACUUACGAGUACCACGAGAAGAUGAAUGUGAAGCAGGCUUAUUACUUAUCCAUGGAGUUCCUUCAGGGUAGAGCGUUGCUGAAUGCUAUAGGCAACCUAGAGCUAACUGGUGCUUACGCGGAGGCUCUGAAGAAGUUGGGAUAUUCCCUCGAAGAUGUAGCGAAACAGGAGCCAGAUGCAGCACUUGGAAAUGGCGGAUUAGGCCGCCUAGCAUCCUGCUUUCUAGACUCUCUGGCCACACUAAACUACCCAGCUUGGGGAUAUGGGCUAAGAUACCGAUACGGCUUGUUCAAACAGCUGAUUACCAAAGAUGGACAGGAGGAAGUUGCAGAAAAUUGGCUUGAGAUGGGCAAUCCAUGGGAGAUUGUGAGAAACGAUGUUUCCUACUCAGUGAAAUUCUACGGUCAAGUGAACACAAACACUGAUGGAACCAAAGAAUGGGUUGGAGGGGAGGAAGUAACUGCAGUUGCUUAUGAUGUUCCAAUUCCUGGGUACAGGACCAAGACGACAGUAAACCUGAGGUUGUGGUCCACGAAGCUUUCUCCUCGAGAUUUCGAUUUGCAUGCUUUCAACGUUGGAGAUCAUGCCAAAGCAUAUGCAGCAAUGAAGAGUGCUGAAAAGAUUUGUUACGUGUUGUACCCUGGGGACGAGAGCCAAGAAGGGAAGACUCUUAGGUUGAAGCAGCAGUAUACGCUUUGCUCUGCAUCUCUUCAGGACAUAAUAGCUCGAUUCGAGAGGAGAUCAGAUGGAGGAGAAGAAAAAGAAGAAGGUCCAGUGAAUUGGGAAGAGUUUCCUGAGAAAGUUGUUGUUCAGAUGAACGACACUCACCCAACGUUAUGUAUUCCUGAGCUCAUCAGGAUCUUGGUGGAUGUCAAAGGCUUGACCUGGAAGCAAGCUUGGAAUGUCACUCGAAGAACUGUUGCAUACACAAACCACACGGUUUUGCCGGAGGCUCUUGAGAAAUGGAGUUUGGACCUUGUUCAAGAGUUGCUUCCAAGACAUGUUGAGAUAAUUAAGCAGAUCGACGAAGAGCUGAUACACAUAAUCAUAGAGAAAUAUGGAGCCGCAGACGUUGACUUGUUACACGAAAAGCUUAAGGAAAUGAGGAUUCUUGACAACAUUGAGUUGCCUGGAUCAGUUCUGGACCUGUUAAUGAACUCUAAAGAACAAGUGGUUUCAUCCGCUUUAACAAUUGAAAGUUCUGAAGAAGAGGUAAAAAAAACUAAUCAGCAAGAGGAAGAUGGUGAAGCAGAGGAAAUCGAGCAAGGCGAAAAUGAGCUGAAGCUGUUUAUACCAGACCCAACACAGCCAAAGUUGGUGAGAAUGGCAAAUCUCUGUGUAGCAGGUGGAUUCUCGGUGAAUGGAGUGGCUGAGAUCCAUAGUGAGAUUGUGCAGAAUGAAGUGUUCAAUGGGUUCUACAAGUUGUGGCCUGAGAAGUUCCAGAACAAGACUAAUGGCGUGACACCAAGGAGAUGGAUUCGGUUCUGCAACUCUGACCUCAGCAGCAUAAUAACUAAAUGGAUUGGGACGGAAGAUUGGGUUUUGGACACUGAGAAACUAAUGGAACUCAGAAAGUUUGCAGACAACGAGGAUCUCCAACGGGAAUGGCGGGAAUCGAAGAGGCGGAACAAGGUGAAGGUGGCAGCUUUCUUGAAGGAAAAAACAGGAUACACAGUGAGCCCAGAUGCAAUGUUCGAUGUCCAGGUGAAGAGGAUCCACGAGUACAAGAGGCAGCUGUUGAACAUCCUAGGGAUCGUUUACAGGUACAAGAAAAUGAAAGAGAUGAUGGAAAUCAGCAGCCCUGAAGAAGUGAGGUCAAAGUUCGUUCCCAGGGUUUGCAUCUUUGGUGGCAAAGCUUUUGCUACUUAUGUUCAGGCCAAGAGGAUUGUCAAGUUCAUUACAGAUGUUGGUUCCACCAUCAACCGUGACCCGGAUAUCGGCGACCUCCUGAAGGUCGUAUUUGUGCCGGAUUACAACGUAAGCGUGGCGGAGGUGUUGGUACCAGGGAGCGAGCUGUCGCAACACAUAAGCACGGCGGGAAUGGAGGCCAGUGGGACUAGCAACAUGAAAUUCGCGAUGAACGGCUGCAUCCUGAUUGGGACAUUGGACGGGGCUAACGUGGAGAUCAGGCAAGAAGUCGGAGAAGACAACUUCUUCCUCUUUGGUGCACAGGCCCACGAAAUUGCGGGGCUGAGGCAAGAAAGAGCCGAGGGGAAGUUUGUGCCAGACCCACGGUUCGAGGAAGCCAAGGCUUACGUGAGAAGUGGUGUGUUCGGGACGUACAACUACGAUGAAUUGAUGGGAUCACUGGAAGGGAAUGAAGGGUAUGGACGAGCUGAUUAUUUCCUGGUUGGCAAAGACUUCCCGAGCUACAUCGAGUGCCAAGAACAAGUUGACUUGGCUUACAGAGACCAGAAGAGAUGGACAAAGAUGUCGAUCUUGAACACUGCUGGAUCUUUUAAGUUCAGCAGCGACAGAACCAUUCAUCAGUACGCAAGGGAUAUAUGGCAGAUCGAACCUCUUCAUCUUCCUUGAGUAAGUUUGAGCUCUUUUUUGUACUAGAGAAAGGAGGGACAUAACAGAAUAGAAUGAUGUUGUUGGUUCACGAAGCUGAAAGCUCGACUUCUUGUUGAAUAUUUCAGGGCCAUGUCGAUUGUUUGCUCCCUUAUGUACAUGUUGGAGAUAAGAUAGUAGUUGCAAAAGGAUAGGAAACAAUCCGCGUCGCAGAAGGAUUUGAAGACAUGCGCCAAAAAACUCAAAGUUUGAAUUUGACUAUGUGCUUUUUUUAAAAUUGUGUCAUGUUGAUUCAAUUUAUCUUUUAACGAUGUGUGUUUGUGUCAGUUAAGUUCCGAGAGUAGUUAGCUUUCAGUUUGCAACUGAUUAGGUAGUUCGAAGCUACCCUAUGUAGAAACAUGUGCUUGGCUCCGCCAAUCGGUCUCUAAUGAAUUAUCGGGGGAAAAUUGGUCUCUAAUAGAUGGUUUUCACAAUAAUCUCAAAAUUUUUAA